UGCCAUGUGCGGCCGGGGGAGGGCCCGCGGGGACCACAAAAGGCGCUGGAAAACACACACUAAGAGGCGGCGAGUCGCCGCUCGACUGCUGCGCCGAUGUUUAUCAAGCCGUUGCCGACGCCAGAAUAGUACAACUGUGCCGAUUUACGCCGCGUUCGAGCGGAUUAGAAAAGCCGGCCGUGCCGAGCCAGUCUGCUUCUCCGUACCUCCGCCACCACACGGUCUCGCGAAACGAGCUAGCGCUAACUAGCAUGUAGCGGGUUAACGUUGGCUCGUUGGCGCAACGCUGACCGCUGAAAUAACGUCACGGAGGCGCACUCGUGGUUUAUCUGUUGUCGCCGCCGGCGUCGGGUGUUGUGUUAACGGGAGAAGACGGUUGGUUUUUCUUUCUGGUCGACCGCGGCUCUUGUUUAGCGGUCGGUGGUUUGAGUUAGCAGUGCCACGCUAGCUGUUAUUUGGAUUACACGGUCUGCCCAGGAGGAAGCCAUCACCAUGCUCCAACCGGGUCUUUGUGCAACGUGACUGAAGCACCGGCGAGAUGACACACACACACACACACACACACACCGCCAGUGUUAACCUUUCUUGUGAUAAAGCCAUGGAUCUGUCGUGGAACUAUCCGUAAAGAACCGCUCGUGGCUGCUGGUGUCCCGAGUCUCGCCACACCGGGCGAUGAACGGCGCAGGUGGUUCUGUCCGCCCACCUGCUGAGUGACACCGCUGCCGGGCUCCAGGCACACACCUCGGUUACCCGGGGCUUGUCCGGCAGCAGAGGCGAAGUGUCGACCAUUUGGUUUGUGCACAACAACAACAGCACCAUGCCUGAGUUGCAGCGUGGAGCCGCAAGGUCCCACCUCCAUGACAGCAGAGCUCAGACAAAAUACACACUAAUCGACGAGCAGGACAUACCGCUUGUGGAAAACUACGCCUUUGAGGCACGCAUGGAGGUAGAUGCAGACGGCAACGGAGCGAAGAUCUUCGCCUACGCUUUUGACAUCGGUAAAGGCCGCUGGGCAGGGAGGCCGUUGCAUGAGCUCCUGUGGGAGAAGCACAGAGGAGGCAUUGCACCGAGCUUUCAAGUCAUCCACAUCAACUCUGUGACGGUGGACAACCGGCUAGACAACCUGCGACUGGUGCCAGUGGGCUGGAGCCCCAAGCCGGAGGAGAUUUCCAGCAAGCAAAGAGAGCAGUCUCUGUACUGGCUGGCCAUCCAGCAGGUGCCGGCCGACCCUGUGGAGGAGCAGUAUCUGGAGCUGAGCCGCACACGCUACUACAACGCUAACGGGGAGCUGGUGGAGGAAGAGGAAUGCUCCUGCACCUACUACGAGUGUCAUUAUCCUCCCUGUUCACUCAUUGAGAGGAGGCUGCGGGAGUUCAACAUCUGCGGUCGCUGCCAGGUAGCACGCUACUGUGGCUCCCAGUGUCAGCAGAGGGACUGGCCUGCCCACAAGAAGCAGUGUCGCGAGCGCAAGCGAGUGCUGGCCCUGGAGUCGGAGCCCGAACGAUGAUCUGCCUUCAUCCUCGCCUGGGAGAGGAUGAGGGAGAAUUAGGGUGGGAGGGAGGGGGUGGGGGGCAUCACGUUUGGACUUGUGGGAGGGGAGCGGGUAUGGAUUGCAAAAUGGGGAGAUUUGCUGACAAGAGACUAACGACAGAGGACAAUGUUGGUUGCUUGAUUGUUUGGAUUCGAGGCGGGGGAAAAAGAGAGGACUGAGGAGGGGGAAGAAGAAUAAAGCAAAAAGACAUCUGCCACUUCCCAGAACUGGUAGUUCUCCAUAGCUUGCUUUUCAUUUGGAUGACGGGGAAAGUGUAUAAUUAUUAUUAUUAUUAUUAUUAUUAUUAAUAUUAUUAUUUUCUUUUUUGUUCAAGUUUUUUUUUCCUUAAUCGAGGACGCACACCCUCGAUCUCUACCUGCUGCUAUGGUUUUGUAUGUGAGGGGGGGAAAGUUGUCUUGUUGAUGAACUGGACAAGCUUCUUUGGACCACAGUCGAACAUGGACAGUUCCUCCACCCGGCCGCUGGGUGUGGUGACAUCUGAGGAGGGUAGCUACAGUACCGGCUGGUACAAUGGGACAUGGACCUUUUCACUGUAUCGCUCCCUCUCUGACCUCUCUGGGGCACCCGCCUGCCGUCUUCAUGGUCAUCGACACCUUAGCCGCCUCCCUGUCUGUCGUACUCACCACACAGCCAACCACGACACUCAUCAGAUAGAUUUCACUGAUUGAACCACACUACCAGUAUUGUGUGUGUGUGUGUGUGUGUGUGUGUGUGUGUGUGUGUGUGUGUGUGUGUGUGUGUGUGUGUGUGUGUGUGUGUGUGUGUGUGUGUGUGUGUGUGUGUGUGUGUGUGUGUGUGUGUGUGUGUGUGUGUGUGUGUGUGUGUGUGUGUGUGUGUGUGUGUGUGUGUGGCCAAUAUAUACUGAAGGACACUGAAAUGGUCCACAUGGGUUACAGGCCGUACUGAUGUAUGUCUGUUCUCUUCUUUAAGGGGCCAUAUUACACAAUUUUAAAAUUUCAUAUUUAAUCAAACUGAAUGGUUCAAAUUUUUUCCACUGUUCUGUAAUAAAGUAGUUGCCAAGUAAA